CCAACUUGCGGAGCUGGAGUUCGUGGAGUCCAUGGAUGCAAUACAGGAGUACCUGCAACUGCAAGUUAAGCUCCAAGAUCAGCUGAAACAGGGACUGCUGAGCCUUGCCAAGGCCAAAUACUCAAUGGGUCCUAUCGGUCAGGCGCAGUACGACAUGGACAUGUCGGCCACCGCCCGCAUUACUGCCACCAGCAGCAGCACACAACCGCCGGGCCCCAGCCGCUGCCGCACCAACCUCUGCCUCAGCAAGGCCAACCCUGCCGUCCAGCCUGGCUCUGGCCCCUCGACAGAGACAAACAACACAUCACCCUCGGCGGCUGGCUCGCAAGCAUCAGCAGCAUCGACACAAGGUCCGGCCAGCACCAGAACCACGAAUACGACUGGGAGAGAAGCUCCGCUUGCCCAAUCAGCGGUUCCGGAGCAGCUGGAGCAAUCAGCGGCAGGGCGAGGAGGGCGUGGAGGGGAAGUCCCGUCUGGUCGAGCCGGGGAGAGGGUCCCGAAGGAGGGCGAGGAGCAGGAGGACUUGGCGGGGGUGUUUUCCUCCUCCGGAGGGAGCGACGGGGAGGACCAUGAUGAGGAGGAAGAGGAGGAAGAGAUGUUGCGUGAGGCGCAUGAGUUCCUGCGGCGCAUGCGCAUGCAGGCAGAUGGCCUCCAGGAUGACGAGGCAGGAGGGGAGGGCGGCAAGGGGCGCGACAGGGCUCACGGCGACAGCCAGGGCGAGAGCAGCAGCGGGCGUAGGAGGGGCGGUGGUGGCGGCAGUGGCAAGGGAGGAAGGGGCGGUCGCAAGGAGCGGGUGGCGAAGGAUCCGCUGCAGUGGUUUGGCGUGCUGCUGCCGCCGGCGCUGAAGGAGGCGCAGGGGCAGUUCAAAGCGGUGCUGGAGACGUGCGUGGCGCUGGCGAAUGCGGCUCAGCGCUUCCGGCCGGACCGGGAGGGAACAGCAGCAUCAGCGGCUGCCACCCCAGCCAGCAAGACCUAGCAGACCGGUAGCUUGCUGGCUGUGGCUUUGCCUACACGGUGCCCAAGGUUUACGUGUGUGAACACGCUAGGAGCUUGAGCGGCGUUGGUUGCUUACCGUAACCUGCCAAUACUCGUGGCAUGGGCCCUGUCGUGAUGGUUAGCUUGUAUCAUACGCCUCAUGUCUUAAGGUCCGUCCUGAUGCUCUUUACCCACGUGUGGGUGCCUCAACAACCUAUGUGACUUCACGGGCGCAUACUGAGCGGCGUUUGCUCUGAAAUGUGGCAAGGGUGUCACCCCGCGAAGGGCUAGCAUGAGGUUAGUCCUAGCAGCACGCGUGAGGGGCGGCUCGUGGCAACAUGAAGCAUGGCUUGGAGGUGUUAUGGUACUUGGGCUUGGUGGACUUGGUGGACUUUAACCAGGCAAGCAACCGAAAUGGCAGCUUGGCUUGACGGGUAACGACCAGGCCGCACUACGGUAUAUUCUUUUCUGACUCGGAAUGCUCACUGGUAG